AUGGAAGAAGGAGAUUCUAAAGUGUUGAGGUGCUGUUUUUCUAUAUUUUCAAUUAAAAUAUUUUUUGAUGAAUUUAGUUUCCGUAGACUUUGGCAUCUGCUGUAUUCUUAUUCAGGCUCCGGACUUCCCGUGAAUACCGCUUCCAUCCCUACAAAGCACCAGACCAAAGCCAAUCGGAGAGCUGGGAGAAAAGGGUUCUCUGUACAGGCCAGGAGAUUCAAUGCUGAAAACAGUCAGAAUGGAAACCCCGGACCCGGUGCUUAUAUGUCUCACUGCUCUGCUGAUGUCAUCAGCCCCUCCUACUCAAAGAGAGGCACAGGUGGACUGGCUUCUCAGGCUGCUCGACUCCCGCCCCCGCGCCAGCGGCACACCCCCGCGCCCAACACCUACAACCUGCGGUCCUCCCUCAUCCUGAACAACAGCUUCAGCCAGAUCGGGACCAGCGCCUUCCAGCCGCCCAUCGCCGUGACAACGGAGAGCUUCCGGAACGUAACCCCCGCCCCCAACCAGUAUCAGGUGUCCUUCAGGGGGGUCGAGAGACACACUGCGGUUUCCGCAAAGUCUGUGUUUCUGUCCAGAACAGGACGAAGUAACCCAUACUCUAACGUUUCAGAUUGGCCGUCCCCAUGCGAGUACAGCGUGACCGACACCCUCACCAGGCCCGAUCCCAGGGUGCCGUUCUCCUGCUUCAAGUCCAGCUCCGCCCGGAUCCCCUGCCGGGAGACCAGCCGGGUGCCAGGCCCUGGGACCUACAGCCCCCACGAGCCCCCCAAAAUUCUCAGGGGGGCUACCCUACCGAGGGGGCACUACUUGUGUCUGUCCGCUCCUGCUGUCCCGCCCCCGAAGGCCCCGCCCCUCCCUGGCCCCGGCCAAUACGACAUCGGCAGAUGCGAUGCCCCUCCCAAGCAGCUCGCGCCCGGGGCUGUGUUCAUGUCCGGGACGGGCAGAUGGGUCAGCGCUGCCACAGGAGGGAGUUACCCAGGCCCAGGUUACUAUGACCCGGCCAGGCCAGAGAAGCAGUCCUUCCUCUACAAUCAGUUCAAGAAGUGGGUGCCGGCAUGAGGUCCUGAAGAGCAGAAGUGCGGCCCACCGUGUGUGUGUGUGUGUGCGUGAGAG